AUGGCCCAAACAAAAGGCACCGAGCCCUCGAACCCGUCGAACAGCGCUCUCCCCACCAUGUUUCGGCCGCCUGUGAACCGUGCAAUGCGGGCACUGGACCGAUCGUUUUUCAAGAAGACGCUACCGCUCUCGGCUGCUACGGUGUUCAAGAACUCGGAUAUCUCGAAGGUGCGCGGGACGCUGCACAAGAGCCAUGACUUGAUGGAGGCGCCGAGAUUGAACAUCAUUCGAGAGGUGAAAGUCGAUGACGCCGUGCGGAAGUGUCUGCUGCUGAAGGAUGGGGUAAAGCAUGAUGAUGCUGCGACUUGGUCGCCGACACUGAGUGAGCUUGUGGAGAAGGGGACGGUCGCUAUGAGAGGUUAUGAUUUGACCUUAGAGUAUGAUUAUUGGACGUAUGCGGAUAUCAUGGAUGCCAUUAUACCGGAAGAUUUGCUGGCGGAAUUCCCGCAAGGAUAUACACAAGUUGGUCAUGUGGCUCAUCUCAACCUACGUGAACAAUAUCUCCCCUACAAGAACAUCAUUGCGCAGGUUAUAAUGGACAAGAAUGUGAACAUCAAGACGGUGAUCAGAAAGACGGAAGACGUGGGCACGCACAGCCAAUUCCGCACUUUCCCAUUCGAGUUGCUGGCCGGUGAGGAUGACAUGAACGUGGUUCAGAGCGAGCAGGACUGUGUGUUCCACUUCGACUACUCGCGCGUGUACUGGAACAGUCGCUUGGAGACGGAACACCGUCGGCUGGUGCAGAAGUUCCGCCCUGGCGAAAUGGUCUGCGAUGUCAUGGCCGGCGUUGGCCCCUUCGCGGUCCCUGCCGGCAAAAAGAAGAUCUUCGUUUGGGCCAAUGAUCUCAACCCGCACGGAUAUGAAGUCAUGCAAGAUGCAGUCAAGAGGAACCGCGUGGAACCAUUCGUGACUCCGUUCAACCAGGACGGCAGAGACUUCAUCCGCUGGUCUGCUAAGGAGCUCGUGGAGCAAGGCCCCCAGCAGGUGUCUCUCCCACAUAAGCGUAGAGAACGGAGAGGUGCCAGAAAGGAGGAACAACCCGCUAUGCCUCCUCCGGAAGUCAUGACCCGUCCCACGGUCUUCGAUCACUACGUGAUGAAUCUACCCGCCAUUGCUCUGGAAUUCCUCGAUGCGUUCCCCGGGCUCUACGCCGGUAAGGAGUCACUCUUUGCGCCGCAUACCUCGCAGGCUCUUCCCAUGAUCCACGUCUACUGCUUCUCUGGUCAUUCAGAAGACGAGGCCGAUGACCACGCCGACAUCUGCAAGCGCAUUACCGAACGAAUCGGACACCCCGUCAAUUUAGAGGACCGAGUUGGAGGCAGUGGCAACCAGGAAUUGGAACUCUCCAUUCACAACGUGAGACUGGUCUUCACAAUGAGCGUCCAGUUACCCCCCGCCACGCAUCGCAAACGCACCUUGCCCCAGGGCGAGCUCGAGGCCGCCUCGACACUGAAACUCGGCGCGGACCAGAACACCCACACGCUGUCGCUGUCCGAAGCGCGUCUCGUCAUCAACAAGGUGCUGGAGAAUAAACGGAGAGGGGGCAAGAAAUACGAGGAGCCGGAAAACCUUACCAAAACCUUGGACUACUUGGAGGUCUUCGCUAGAUUCAAGGAUGAGGAGAACAUCAAGGCCGUUGAGCGACUGCUGAAUUCACACACGGAGUUGGAGAUGUUCGAACGGUCUCAGCUGGGGAGUCUGUGUUGCGACAAUGCCGAAGAAGCCAAGUCACUCAUUCCUAGUUUGCAGCAUAAAAUCUCCGAUGGAGAUCUGCAAGAACUUCUGGAUGAGUUGACCAAGCUGCGGAAUUUCACCGAGUAA